CAGUUUUCCUUUUGAAGGAGCUGCAGGGUAUCUGCCCAGAAGUGUUACAGCUAUGAACACAUCUACUCUGGCCCCUUUGACCUCAGUGGCAUGGAGUUCCACCACGUCUCCUGUCCCCGCGGAUGCUCGGAGGCAGUCUUGUCCCUGGACACCGGGUACCGCGCCUCUGUGACCAUGGUGCAGAAGGGCUGCUGGACAGGUCCAGUUACCGGUGUGAUGCAGAGCAACGACUUGGCGCUGCCGCCUGACUACUCAGGGGUGUUGGGCUGUGGGACCGACUUAUGCAACAACAGACUUUUGUCCCAUGAUGACAUCCCCAACCUGAGUCCAGCACCCAAUCCCCCAACGCUCAGUGGCACCGAGUGCUACGCCUGUGUGGGAACCCACCCUGAGGACUGUGCCCUGGAAAAGUCCAGAAAAGUCCAGUGUCACCAGGAUCAGAGUGCCUGCUUCCAGGGCAACGGCCGAAUGAACAUUGGCAAUUUCUCGGUGCCCGUGUACAUCAGGACCUGCCACAGGCCCUCCUGCACCGUUAGAGGCACUAGCAGCCCCUGGACAAACAUCGACCUCCAGGGCGCCUGCUGUGAGGGUCAGCUGUGCAACCGCGACGCCGUCAGCCAGACCUUCGAGCCCAACCCCGCGACAGGCAGCGCCCCUAGGCGGGCGCCCCACGCCCCCGCAUUGGUCCUGGCAGUCCUGCUGGCCUGCGCGCCCGGACGCCCCCGCGCCCUCGUCUAGACCAUCGGGACCCGGAGGCGGGGCACAGAGCACACGCAGCCCUCCUCCCAGCUCCGGCCCGCGCCCUGCGGCUCCCCGGGACCGGAUGCCAGGCCCGGUGCCCGCUCCCCUCCCCUCCUGCAGCCCCGCCUGGACCUGUCCUGCAGGAGACACCGCAGGCCCCUCGCAUCCCGGGGCGGGGCGCGCAGCCGCAGCCUGACCGGCGGGGCGAGUCGCCCCACA